AUGGAGUCCAUUACUCCUCCUCAUUCUAGCAAUGGCAAUGCAUUAAAUAAUCCUAAUCCUAAUUCUAAUUCUAAUACCUCACCAACCUCCUCUAAACCCUCGAAUCAAAUCAUCACCGACACGUCUCCUCCAGCCGCACACAACUCAGACCCAGAUGCCAACGAAUCUCCCAUAACCUCUCCAACUAUUACCUCACCUAGUUCGACAAUCUCCCCUCCUUACUGGCAACAAUCGCACACACGCUCGAUUUCCCACAUCUCAGUAGAUUCGAUUCAUCCAAGCGGGAUCACUCUGCAGGAUAAUACUGCAGAUGGAGAGGAAGAUGAUGCAAAUAUAAAUGGAAGGGGGAAGAAUGAAGCUUGCUGGGCGAGAAGUGUAGUAAUUGAAGAUUAUGUCGUUGUGAAUGGGAGUGGAAUUGGUGGGAUAGGAGGGAUUGCGGGGAAGGGACUGGGGAUAGGAGGGGGCAUGGGCGCAUUUGUGGUUUGGAAUGUGAAGGUUGAUACUUUGGAGGGAACUCCAAUCAUAAUCCGCAAACGCUACAGCGAAUUUGCAGAUUUACGAACGAAACUUCUUCGCACAUUCCCUAAUUCGGCGGGUACAAUACCAGAGUUGCCGAGGAAAAGUGUUAUAUCGAAGUUUCGACCGAAGUUUUUGGAAAAUAGGAGGAGUGGUUUACAGUAUUUUCUUAAUUGUAUAUUACUCAAUCCCGAAUUUACGAGCUCGCCAGUGCUAAAGGAAUUCCUAUUCUCUUAAGUCGUGCCUUGAAUGGGAGUCGACUGACAAGCACGAGAUGGAGCAAUAUUUUGUUAUCUUAUAUUGAGAGAGAGGAGGGGAAGCAGGCGGUUGGCUUGACUAGGAUAUAUAUAAUCAGCCUUCAUGGCUAUCGAUAUGAAUUGGAGACCAUAUAUGAGCCGGCCGGGGUGGAGGGGGGGGGGCAUUGGAGCUGUACAUUUUUUCUUUUAAGUACAUAUAUACACCUUUAGUUUUUUGUUUUUGUUUUUAAUUUGAAAUGGAGGACGUUGAUACCCAGUUUUACUUGGGGAGGAUGGGAUGGCUCAUACACAGGGGAAUCUCUGCUAUGAAGGGUAGACGAGGAUAAUAUACCUCUCUGUAUUUCAGGAUUUCUGUGAUACAGUAAACAAUAAAGGAUUUAGUUCGUACUCCUAGAAUAAUCCAUAAUGGGAGUCGUCGAGGAUGAGCAGGGGAUAGAGUCUCGAGUUGGUGAUAUCAGCGAUUAAUGCUCCUUUCGGUGUUAUCCCCAUAUAUCUAAUGUAGAGUUUCUGGAACUUUGUAAACUUUAGACUAGGUAGUGAGAGUUUAUAUGUGUAUGUGUAUGGAGGUAUGGAGGUACUACCUAGGUAGGUCUUUAUUAUAGAU